AUGGUCUCUGCCUUCAGUUCACCAGGAAAAGCAUUGAUUGCUGGCGGGUACUUGGUGCUCGACCCAGUGUACCUCUCAUAUGUGACGGCGCUUUCGGCGCGAAUGCACUCGGUGGUUCGUUGCAACCGUGAUGUGGCCUAUCGGCGGAUAUCUGUGAGUUCACCACAAUUUGGCGGAAAAUGGAUCUAUCACAUCGACCAAGACAUCACUGAAAUCAACGAUAACAACAACCCGUUCCUCGCGGCAGCGGUGGAAAUGGCCAUGAAAUACACCCAGCCAUCCCACCCGUUCGAUGUGGACAUCACCAUCUUCUCCGAUGCUGGGUUUCACAGUCAACAGGAAACAGUGGUUCAUGGGUCCACAAAUGGCACCAAACGGUUUUUAUACCAUCAAAAACCAAUUGCCGACGUGGCCAAGACGGGGCUCGGGUCGCUGGCAUGUUUGACAACAGUGGUAAUGGCGGCCAUCAUGUCGCAGCUUGGCCCUGCUAGUGCCAAUAACACUAAUAUUAUUCAUAAUCUAGCCCAAAUCGCUCACUGUCGGGCCCAGGGCAAGAUUGGGUCGGGGUUCGACGUGGCCACCGCCGUCUACGGGUCGAUACAGUACCAGCGGUUUGUUCCUGGGCUUAUUGCCCCCCACGUUCAAGGAGAAGCCGCUACAGGCUUGGUCCCCCUCGUCGACUCCGAGUGGGACUUCACCCAUAAUCCGUGUACGUUACCACCCCACGUCCGAUUGUUGAUGGGUGAUGUUGCCGGGGGGCUGGAGACUCCGCGGAUGGUGUCGAAGGUGUUGCAGUGGAGAAAAGACCACCCAGAACAAAGUGCAAAGGUGUACGCAGACUUGAACACCGCUAAUCGUCAGUUCAUCGCAGCGCUUUCCCGGCUCCGCGACCUCUCUAUGAGCGAUUUGAGCUCGUACAUGGAAGGAAUCGACUUUUUCGCAAGCCAUUCUGUCGCUACCUUGGACGACUACUUGGAAGACCACCCGGACCGCCGUAUAGAAGAGGAGGUGCCAUACCGGUACUUCUACGAGCUCAUGGAGUCGAUUAAAAUGAUCCGCGAACACAUGAAGCUGUUGACGGCAUACACGGGCGCCGACAUCGAGCCGAUGUCACAAACGCUUCUCCUUGACGAGUGUCGGCUCUUACCCGGGUGUUUUGGUGGCGUGGUACCAGGUGCUGGUGGGUAUGAUGCCAUUGCCCUUCUCGUGAUCGACCGCGCCAUAGACCCUAUUGUGGAGCAGACCAAGAACAAACGGGAGUUUGCGCACGUGACGUGGCUCGGCCUCCACGAGGAAGCCAAUGGCCUAGUGGCCGAGAACCCACGGGACUACGAGGGGUUACCGCCUUCCUUGUAGGUGCAUAUUCGUGAUCAAACCGAUCACAGUCAUCACUAUAUUUAGAAUCUGAGCCUCCUGUCGGCGACGUGCACGCGGCCAAAUCGCGCGCGCCUCAUCGCUAUUAAUAUAAACCCGUCGCCUAA